AUGAGGCCAAGACUGAAUAUGGACAGAGUGGCGGAAGAUGCAACUGCGACAGUCGAAGGUGUCGCCGGAGAGGUUGUCAAUGCAGUAGUGGUCGUUGAGACUGUUGUGGCCUGGACAGUAGUGGUUGUUGUCGCUGGAGAAGCUGUAGAAGAGGCCGUGGAUGUCGCUGAUGAGGAACCUACAGAAAAAGCAGUCAGUGAACUUGAGGUGCUGGUGGAAACUGACAAUGCACUAGAGACAGUGGUAGUUAUAAAAGGAGUGGUAGUACUAAUUUGUCCCGUUGAGCUCGUCGUAGAGGCGCUUGACACCGUCGAACUUGAGGCGGUCGAACCGGCGACGCUGCUGACUGUUGAACUUGUUGUGGCAACUGAUGUGGUGACUGAUGUGGUGACGGUGGUAGCGGUCGAGCCUGUCGAGCUUGUAACAGCAACGGUCGAAGAGAGAGUUGUAAACGCCGCUAGGCUUGUCGUGGAGGCACUAGAGACCGUCGUGCUUGUCGGCGCGGCCGAGGUAGUAGAUACCGUUGGCCCCGUCGAGCCUGUUGUAGAAGAACUCGAGGCAGUGCUAGUGGUCACUACAGUGGAUGUCCCUGCGGCAGAGGUGGAAGUCGUGGAGCUGGAACCGGGCGAAGGCGUGGCCACUGUGCUCGAGAUUGUGGAAGUACUAGGGCCUGUCGAGCUCGUGCUAGGAGGAACCGCUGAGCUCGUAGUCGAACUCGCUACGAAAGAGCUUGUCGAUGAGCUAUUAAUGGUGGUAGUCGGCCCCGAGCUAGCACUCGAGGUUGUGGUGCCAGCCAAACUCGAACUAGUCGGCGAGCCCGUACUGACUGAACUUGUUACUGACGAGCCUGAGGUACCUGUGGAGCUCGCGCUGGCAGAGCUUGAUGUCUGA